UCAGAUCAACACGCGCACAAAAAAGCGUUCGGCGUUAUGAGAUCAUAUUCGCGGGCAAACACGACAGACAAAACGAAAACGCGAAAGAAACGUUUGAUGCGAAGACAACCGCUCAGCCACGCCAUGAAUGAGUAUUUCCUCUGGGAAAUUUUCGGCCUUGGAUUCUUCACGGGAUAAUGACGGGAAACAUGGGGGGCGGGACAGACUGGCCCUUCCGCGUUACGAGUGGUCUGCCUGGCGCUCGAUCCCGGCCUUGAUUGGUCCAGCAGAGCGUCAGUCGACCAUCAGUCUCGACUCUCAAGUUUGAAACUUUUCAGAGAGGUGGAGUCAAGUUACGAACUCUGGUAACCAAACGCGACGACAAGGAGAAGAAAACGCUUCAAUUAUUUACACUCAAACCAAACAAACACCGAGUGGACACAUUUUAUUCGCCUUAAAAGACAGUUUUCACUCUUAUCCAUGAGACUGUAUGUUGAUAUUUGGUUGUCAGGGUGUUUAUAAAGUCUAGAUGGAGAUUUGAACGCAAGUUUUGGACGCCCAGUAUCCGAUCAAAAUAGGCGAGAGAAAUCAUGGAUUCCUUCAGCACCAAAAACCUGGCUCUCCAGGCCCAGAAGAAGCUCAUGAGCAAGAUGGCGACCAAGACGGUGGCCAACCUCUUCAUCGACGACACCAGCAGCGAAGUGCUCGACGAGCUGUACCGGGUCACCAAAGAGUACACACGCAACCGCAAGGAAGCCCAGAAGAUCAUCAAGAACCUCAUCAAGAUGGUGGUCAAGUUGGGCGUCCUCUACCGCAAUGGCCAGUUCAACAACGAGGAGUUGGCGCUCGUCGACCGUUUCCGGAAGAAGGUGCACACGCUCGCCAUGACCACGGUCAGCUUCUACCAGAUCGACUUCACCUUCGACCGACGCAUCAUGAGCAACCUGCUCAAUGAUUGCCGUGAACUGCUACACCAGGCCGUCAACCGGCAUCUGACCGCCAAAUCUCACGGUCGCAUCAACCACGUGUUCAAUCAUUUCUCCGACUGUGACUUCCUGGCCACGCUGUACGGCCCAUCAGAAGUGUACCGCGCUCAUCUGCAGAAGAUUGCUGAGGGAGUCAAUAAGAUGUUGGAUGAUGGCAAUCUUUGACCACUACUUGAAGUUAUUUGAACGCUUUUCUUUUGGUGUUUUGAUCCCUCAGUUAAAAAGUUGAGGGCUCCUCUGAGAAACUUCUGGUGCCUUAUUUUUCUGGUUGAACGUUGAGUGAAUGUUGAACAUCUGUUCUGAAUGUAUGUUUGUCUUUCACCAACUUUGGCUCCUGUAACUUUUUUAGAAUAAAUUGGGAGUUAAAGGCUGUUUACAACAAGAGCCUAGAGGAUUUCUUCAUCCUGAUUUUCAAUUCUGUCGUUAUUUACUUUCCCUCAUGUCGCUGGUUUACUUUUCUACCUUUUUUUUCUCUGUACAACUCAAAAUGAGGAAUUUCAGAGUACAUUACGCAGUUCUUGAGAAACAAAAACAAAUCAUAGUGAUCGAUUUUCAUCACCAAAAAUGUUUUAAAAGCAGAAAGUGCAUCUUGUGCUAUAAUCUUAAAUCACAUGAUAGCUUUUUCUGAGGAUCAGAUCCAAAUAUAAAAUCGCUGAUAGCUGCAUUUUUCCUGAUUUUAUUCAAUGAUGCGCCAAGUUUUUUUGCUCAUUAUGUUGACAACCAAUGGCGUUUAAAAAUAAAAUCUGUUUCCUCCCCCAAAAAACGUUAAAUUAUAAGUCAUGGAUUUCUCCUUUGCUGUUUUUCCUCAAGAGCUGCGUUACGAUUUUUCUACAAAAGUUUCUACUUUAGGAGCCCGCAAAAAUAAAUGCAGGAAUGAAAAGAGUAAAUAAUGUCAGAACGUUAAUGCAACCCAAUGCAGUUUUUUGCAUUUUGUGUGUCUGAGAGUCAUUUCAGAAUGUGUUUUUUUAUUUCACGAUCAGCAUUCAAAGGAAAUGAAGGGUCAUUAGCAAACCUCUUUGAUGCAGAGAAGCCUAACAGUGGAAAUAUGGUAUUUAACAUGGUGGAGACAAAAUGCAUUCGGGACAUUCUGUAAUUUUAGGAAACGAGCCAUGAGGCGUCACAUCAUCACUUCCUGUUGAUAUAAAACUGAUGGAAUUUCAGACUGAAGAGGAGGCUGAAGAUCUGUACUGAAUUUGGUCACAUAGUUUACAUUUGGUCUGUUCACUCCCCCCACUCCGGUAGAAAGUCUUCACGAUGAUGCAGUUCCUGAUCGGGGAACAAAGAUGAUGUGAGAGAAUUGAUUCUGCUACCUUUCAAUGCACUUUUAUUUCCGUUUUAAUGAAGGUUUCAUGUAUAUAAAUAGAUGACUGAGCCGUCGAUUCAUUCUGAUACAUCACCUGUGAUUUUUGUUUAUGUCUGUGAGCCUUGUAUGAACAAAGAUUUUUUAUCUAGAGUAUUCAGAUUUGACUUCAUUUUAUUCAUUUUGAAAUGGCCGACGCUGUAGGAAUCACAAAGUUAAAGCACUGAUCCAGGAUCGGAUACCACUGGGUCAUUUUUGAUCUUGGUCAUUAGGAGAUUCUAUGGAACAGUUAUUUCUUCUCUGUAUGCACUUAUUGUUAUUAUUAUGACUUGUUUUGUUUUUCAUCAGUUGCUGAAGAAGAAAUGACUUUGUCAACCUCAAGGUUGCAUACAAAUGACCAAAAAUGUCAAACACGCUCGAGGAAGGUGAAGUAAAGCAGCGAAAGCCAUAGCCAUCGUACCUCCCUAUUCUCGUUAAACCUCUCAGGGUUCAGUCUCGCAUCUUACCCUCGCUGUUUUACACCAAUUGAGAACGAUUAAGCUUUUAUUUUUUUUGGGAGUGUACCCGAGCAAUACGUUUUAAUCAUGAACAAAUCCUGUCUGAACAUCUGUUUGGUUUCUUUUUUCAAAAAAAAAAGUGUACAAAUGCAGUGUGUGUGUGUGUGUGUGUGUAUAAUAUAUAAACGAAUGUGACAUUUUUAAAAGA